CUGUCCUUAAUUAAUGAUACAGUAUAGACCUAAUAUUCUGUAGAACUGAUAAGAAGAUAUUUAUUCUUAUUUUAGAUUAGAUAAUAAAAAAUAAAAUAAAGAGCAUUAGUUGAUAUAUUAGUUAAUCAUGUAAGAUCUAUGUCUUCCUUCGUUUAUGGUUGUUCACAUAUAGCGUGAGAUGGAAUAUUUAGGAGAAGAUGAUGGUAAUCGGAAAUACAACAGAAUAGCCAGUUACCUGAUAAUAUUUGUGAAAUAAUGGAACAUAUUUUUAUUAUUUAAAAUCUUAAACGUUGAUUAUAUUUGAGACAUAAUCCUACUCUUUUUCUCUUAAUUACAUCAGUAUGUCAGGAACAAAGGAUGAUGGUAAUAAGAACGAUAACCUAAAAAGACAAGGUUCAUUCAGGAAAUUAUUACCUUUAAAUACAAAUGGAGAUUCUCAAUUGAGCAUGUCUGUGAAAAUGAUUGAUAGGCCAACUGUGUCACAAACUAACAAAGAAUAUAUCAUAUACUUACAGGAAUACAAUAUUUUAUCAGAAUAUAAUAUGCUAUGUGCGCAAGAUCUGAAGGGUAUUUAUGUCAUACCAUCUGCCCAAAAUUCCUUGUUAUGGUUUGGAGUACAAUUUGUGAGGCAAGGAAUAUAUCAAGGAGGAAUCUUCAGAUUUAAUAUUACGCUACCACAAAAUUUUCCAGAUGGAGGAUGUCCUAAAGUCACAUUUCAAACUCCAGUUUUUCAUCCUUUGAUUGAUUCUGAAUCUGGAGAACUAUAUACAUCAUGGGGGUUUCCUGAGUGGAGAAAAAGUAAUCGAAUUUGGCAAUUGGUACAAUUUAUAACAAAAAUUUUCACAAAAGUAGAUAUUAAAAUGAAUUCUGUAAAUCAUGAAGCGUCUAAUUUAUUAGAGAAUAAUUUCGAAACAUUUCGAGAUCGCGUAAGAAAAUGUGUGAGAGAAAGCUUAAACAAAGUCUAUAGUUCACCUAUGGUGGAUGAUCCUCACUAUAUUACUUUUAGUCCAUAUGUCGAUGAGCUUCAUAAUUCCAUUAAGAGAGAAAUCUAUGAACCUAAGGAAGAAGAAGAAAAUAAAGCAGUUGGAUUAUCGUGGGUACAACCCGGAUCAUUACAACCAUUCUCUAAACCCGAAGCAAGAUAAUAAGUAAUUAUACUGUAUACAAAAUGUAAUAACAAAACUAAAAGCUGCAGUCCUUAGGAGAUAAGAGAAUUGUAAAUUUUUAUGUAUUUUUAUAUUAGCAAAAAUGAAAAUUAUUUUUUACUUAUGUUCAACAUGUAUGUAUAAAAUUGUUAUAAUAACCGUUUAUAAUACUCUUAUAUUUAACUGAAGUAAGAAUAUACAAUUGUUGAUUUAUUAUUAAAUGUAGUGCUAAUAUUUCUUAAAAUAAACAUUUGGACGGAGCAACAAUUUACAAUCAGA